UUGUAUCCUCGCUUCUUGCAGGCCUACCUCCCCCUGACAACGGCUGGCCACUCGAGCGCCGCCGCUAGUGCAGCAGCCGGUCUCACCGGGGGCGCCGGCAGCAGCAGCGGUGCGGCGACGGCCGCCGAGAGUGGCCUGCACGCCUCGCUAGGGGCGGACGAGGUGACAUCGGCCGGAGACUUCGGCCGCGGUGCGACCGGGGAAGCCACGGGCGGCGACAUCAUGAGCGGCGUGACCCGGGUGACCAACAUGGGACAGAUACAGCACAUGGUGGGCCCACUGGACAAUGUACCCUACUACAUGCCCUUCAACGGCCGCGAAAACCACAACGAGAAAGAGCGAAAAAGGAGGACUCGCAUCAAGAAUGCCUGCCAGACCCUGCGGUCGCUAGUGCCCGGUCUGAGCGAUAAGACGGACAAGGCCACAGUGUUCGAGUUCACUGUGCAGUACCUGCUACAUCUGCGCAGGCACCUAGGAACCAAGCAUGACAAGUCCAUUUCCCAGGAGUUCAUGGAGAAGUACUCGCCGUACUAGCAAAGCAAAGGUCUCGGGUUCGACACCACAGCAAGCGGUCGAAACAACAAGCCAGAUGCGCAGAAGAGCGCAGCGCAGUAGGCUGCAACUGCAGUGCCCUAAACAACCUCCUCACCUGGCUUGAACGCAAAGAGAAGCUCCCAUGUUUGUGCCUUCGGACUGCAGUGCCAAAGUCAACGGUGGUUCGACUGUGACGCUGCUGAACUCUUUUACAGUAGUUUCAUUUUUUUGCAAAGACUUUUUAAACCCCGUGCUAUUUAUUGUCCAGACAUUUCUUUUUCUUGCUUUCGUGGACGCAGCGUAAAACGUGGUAAGCACAGGGCCCAGUGUUGUACCGACAGUAAAAAAAAAAGUUUAUUCAUGUCUCUC